AUGAGCAGCAAAAAGCCGGAAGUAGUGCUCACUGACAAUGAUGAAAGAAUUGGAUUUGCUGUCAACAAACUUUUAAGUGAUUCUACUUAUCGACUCUAUGCAUGGCAUUUGGGAAACAAUGCAACGAAGAACAUUAAGAUUCCUGAGUUCAACCAAGGCUUCUAUGACUUAAUAUACACCUACUACACAAAUGAAGAAUUUGAAGAAAAAUGGGUUGAGUUGUUGGCAAUGUUUGGCCUUCAAGAGAAUUCAUGGCCUCUAAAAUAUUCACACGAAAAUAUUUAUUACAAAGUAGAACAAGAGCUUGUACAGGAGGCAGCAUAUUCAAUUUCAGAUAAGGAGAAUCAUGAGGACUACAACUUGUUCUCUUUCGUGAGAUUCCAAUGCGGUGAAUCAAGGCAUAUAUGGUGUGCAAUGAAAAGUCUUGACAUACAAGUUAUACCAGAGUCCGUAAUCUUAACUCGUUGGUCGAAGGAUGUUAAGAUUUCUUCCAAUAUAUCACUAUCUCAACCCUCAGCUGACCGUCAAAAGAUGAUUCAAGAUUCUAGGUCUGGGGUACUCAAUUCUUUAGCACAGUCAUUGAGAUUUUAUGCAUCACACAAUGACACCACAUUUCAAAUGGCAAAGAAUGAGCUCACAAAAUUGAUGACCAUAUUUAAAAAGGCUUACGAGCAGGGCCAAAGUACUGAAACAGGUACUGAAAAAACAACUAGAACGCAUCAUGAUAAUCCAAACAUUGUACAAGAUCCUAUUAGGGUGCCAUGGAUUCCAACCUUGAUUUCGUGCUCACUAGUGGUGAAGGGGCUCAAAAAAGCUCUUGUUGUCUCAGCUCAGAUUAAUUAUAAGCUGACCAAUGAGGUGCACUCGAGCAUGUCUUUAGCCCAAGAGUCGAAGGAUCUUCAGCUUAAGACGGCUGAUGAGCUCAAGGCUGCAAAGACAGAGGUCGAUGCUAAGACAGCCGAGCUUGAAAAGGCGAAUGCUCGGCUUGCGGAGCUGGAGAAGGCCAAUGCCAAGCUUGAGGAAGAGAAGGCCACCACAUUCGAGAUAAUAGAGAAUGAAAAGGAUUGUCUCCUCGCCGAGUUUAAAGAGAAGAAGGACAAGGCGAUUGAUCUGGCCAUGUCUAUAUCUAGUGAGGAUGAUACACAAGAUCGACUACAAAAGAUUAAAGAUUAUCUUGAGGCAUCGUCUGCGUCACACUCUUCCAGAACUAUCACUGAUAAUCCACUAUUUCAGCGUCAUUAUCAACAUGCAGAGUCUGUUGAAGAGCCAUUACCGUCUGACAACGAAUCUGAUUCUGACGAUUCAGUUUGA